AGAAUUCUCGGGGGGUUUAUUUUCCACAAUAGCUCGAGGCUCCCGAUCCCCCGUGGGUCUUCCCGCCACCCCAGACCGCACACCUGCAGCGACACGUCCCUCACCAGCCGUUUACCGCCAACUCCCUCCCGGCCCGGGCCCUUCGGCACCGGACGCGGUUUCCCAGGGUCACAUUUUCCAUCGCACCGCCGGGAACUUCUGGCAGCGUGCUUCCGUCCGCAGCACUUCCGGUGAUGCGGUGUGGCCCAGCCCGGCGCAGGCUGGCAGUCGCUUUCCGCGGGGCCCUCUCGGCAGCAUUGCGGAUUAGGCGGGGGCGAGGGGGUGCCGUGUUCCUUUGUCGGAGCGUGCCUGUCUGCGCUGGCUCUCUGGUCGAGCCCGGCCUGUCCCGCACCACAGGGUGAGGGAAGUAAGCCCAAGACGAGCCCUCGCCGCCGGUCGGGAGCGCCGCGGCCACGGGGCCGGGAGCCAGGGCAGGAGGCCCUCGGGCGGAGCGGGGAGGGGGCCGGCGCGCCCCUGUGCUCCUGCCCGUGAGAAGGGCGGCGCAGGCCUCGCGAGGAUCCGCUCAACUCACUGUUCACACACGACCGGGGCGCUGCCUUGAGCCGGCCGUGUCAUCUCCGCACGCGUCCCGGGUAAGGCACCCGCCGGACACCGCCUGCCCGAGCGUGUGGCCCAUUGGGCAAGAGUGGUCACUCCCUCGGAGUUCAGCCGUGUGCCUUCACCCGGUUUGGCUCCGCACACUGGGCUUCGUGGCCACGGCUGAGCCUGGUCUUCUCCCUCCCUCAUUGUGGAGACAAUGCCCAAGCUGCAGGGCUUCGAGUUCUGGAGCCGCACCCUGAGGGGCGCCCGCCACGUGGUGGCGCCCAUGGUGGACCAGAGCGAGCUGGCAUGGAGGCUCCUGAGCCGCCGCCACGGGGCACAGCUCUGCUACACCCCCAUGCUGCAUGCCCAGGUCUUCGUGCGAGAUGCCAACUACCGGAAGGAGAACCUGUAUUGUGACGUGUGCCCUGAGGACCGGCCGCUCAUCGUGCAGUUCUGUGCCAAUGACCCAGAGGUGUUUGUCCAGGCGGCUUUCCUAGCUCAGGAUUACUGUGAUGCCAUCGACCUGAACUUGGGCUGCCCACAGAUGAUAGCCAAGAGGGGUCACUAUGGUGCCUUCCUGCAGGAGGAGUGGGACCUGCUCCAAAGAAUGAUUCAGCUGGCCCAUGAGAAACUCUCUGUUCCUGUCACAUGCAAAAUCCGUGUCUUUCCUGAGAUUGACAAGACCGUGAGGUACGCCCAGAUGCUGGAGAAGGCCGGCUGCCAGCUGUUGACUGUGCAUGGGCGCACCAAGGAACAGAAGGGGCCACUAUCAGGGGCAGCAUCCUGGGAGCAUAUUAAGGCCGUGCGGAAGGCUGUGGCUAUCCCUGUGUUUGCCAAUGGGAACAUCCGGAGCCUGCAGGAUGUGGAACGGUGUAUCCAGGACACAGGCGUGCAGGGUGUCAUGAGUGCAGAAGGAAACCUGCAUAACCCUGCCCUGUUUGAGGGCCGGAGUCCUGCAGUGUGGGAGCUGGCAGAGGAGUAUCUGGACAUUGUGCGGCUGCACCCGUGCCCACUGUCCUGUGUCCGGGCCCAUCUCUUCAAGCUGUGGCACCAUACGCUGCAGGUGCACCAGCAACUUCGAGAUGAACUUGCCAAAGUGAAGACCCUGGAGGGCAUUGCUGCUGUGAGCCACGCACUGAAGCUUCGGUGUCAGGAGGACAUGUCCAGGCAGGAGGAGGGAGUGCAGCCAGCAGGCGACUUGCCUUUCUUCCACUGGAUCUGCCAGCCCUAUGUCCGGCCAGGACCCAGGGAAGGGAGCAAGGAGAAUUGUGGUGGCUGCAGCAAGCGAGCCCUGGAGGAGGAGGAAGGGAGCACAGAGGGCCUCUCCAAGAACAAGCAGAAGAAGCAGCUGAGGAACCCCCACAAGACCUUUGACCCCUCUCUGAAACCAAAAUAUGCAAAGUGUGACCAGUGUGGAAACCCAAAGGGCAACAGGUGUGUGUUCAACCUGUGCCGUGGCUGCUGCAAGAAGCGAGCCUUCAAGGAGACAGCAGAUUGCCCAGGUCACGGAUUGCUUUUUAAAACCAAACUGGAGAAGUCUCUGGCCUGGAAGGGGACCCAGCCCGGGCGGCAGGAGCCUCCACAGGUGGGGUCUGGAGCACCAGGUGCCUUCUCUGAAGUCAUAGGCAGUGCCCUGGCCUGAGGAGACCGCAGGAGCCACCCACAACCCAGGACUGUGCUGAAGCCUGGACACUUCGCACUAAGAAUGUGCCUUUACUCAGGGAACCUCCUGCUUUUGGACGAGAAGAGACAGGUGGUAUCUGCCCUGGCCUGUGCUGGGAGCCCAAGCUGGACCUGCCCUAUCCUCACAGCUUGUGUUCUUAAACAUAAUAAACCAUUGAAAGGUG